AUGUUGCCUUCUCGCAGCGCUAUCGGUCGAAUAUCGACUCCCAUUCGGUCGGUUUAUAGACCUCGGAUAUCAGGUGUUAAUGUACAUCUUCGACCAUUCACUCAUCGCACACGCCUACUUCUUCUUUCUCCGGCGCCGGGCCGCCCUCAACUCCCCUUUCUGUCACCUCUCGCGCCAACCCGUCCACUCCCACCCCUUUCAAUCCAUCUCCGUCAGCAUUUUGGCCGUUUGAUCUCCACCGAAAGCCGCGAGCAUUACAAGCGAAGAGUAUCCCGCGGCCUUAAAAUCGGUCUAUCGGUAUGGGCCAUUCUUGUCUUGUUCUCCGCAAUCAAGCUCGGCGUCUACCAAGAAGAUAUCGAGCAUUCAUGGCCCACCCCACCGGAAUGGUCAUGGAAAAGCCGGUGGUGUCUGCGAUCCGCACAGGCCCUUCAGAAUCCCGAGCAAAUCGGUAAAUUGAUGACCAAUUGGCCAAUGGUUGCUGGGUAUCUCCGUGAGCUGCUGGAGCGCUUGGAGGACCCAAAUGUGGAAGGCCAAGGAAUCACAGAACAAGACGAGGGUGGAUUUUUGGUCGAAGGUGUCGGCCGCACUGGUUUUGAUGUUUCCGCAAAGAGUGAGCCCUGGCGCCGCGGAUAUUUCCAAGCCCUGAUGGGAGCUGCCAAGGCAGCUGAGAACCUUGAUGGCUGGUUAACAGAUCGCAAGCAGAAAAUUUCUGCUCCUGCGGAAUAUGUUGUUGGACCUUCGAAUCCUCGACCCAAACCUAUGCCCGCUGGCCAAAAGAAGGCCCCGCGGGAAGAGGAUUGCGAGCAGGCAUCUCCCUCCCCAGAGAGCUUCUACAUGAAGGUCUUGACAACCAAAGGCUUUGACACAGGGCAAAAACUUGACGCUGCUUUGGCCUAUGCUGAUUGGCUUGAUUUCAAAGGCCUGGGUCUUACGGCUGGUGACAUGUACACAUGGGCUUUGGACAUCGCUGCCAGUGGACUGGAGGGAGAUGCCAGCAAAAUCGUGGAUCUGAAGACUGGAAUUUUACAUAAUACCGAUGGAGGUCUUCCAUCAGAAAACAUUCUCCGUGUCUCCACGGCCCUCGCCGUCCACAAUGCCCGCCAAGCGGACCUUCCCAAAGCUUUAUCCCUGUUCACAUCGGUUUUGAAAGCCCGAAGAAGCCUGCCUCUAUCAUCAGACUUUGAUUCGUCGCUCCCUUUUCCGACCAUGCCCGGAUCUAGGAAUGAUCCAUUCGCUUCUCUCUUCAAAUCACUCAAAAAUGUUCUCAUUCCCGUGGAGUACCCAGAACCCCGCCCAUCAGGCGACAAGCCCCCACGCCGCACCACAGCAUCCGCCUGCGAAGAAGCAGGAUUGAUGACUUACAUCGGUGAGAUCCUAUAUGCCUCCUCGUCGAAGGAAUCCGGCCUUGCCUGGACGCGGGAUGCAGUCGACAUGGCAGAAUCUACAAUCUACGAACUCGGCAACUCCACCGAUCGCGAUGCCCGAACUCGUUGUGCACAGUGUCUGAAGGUUGGUCUAGAGAAUUGGAAAACCAUGGUCUCUUCUUUAGUUACCCAUGCCCAGAAAGAAGAGCAGGAGAGUCGGGACCAGGCUAAGAGUGCUUGGUUCGGCGGCGAGCGUCGUGCACAGGCGAAGUCUCUUGAGCGCCGACGCUGGGAGGCCGAAAAUGCUAUUCUGGAGGAUCGCAUUCGUCGCCUGUUCCCUCUCCUCGAGGGAGAGUCUGGACUCGAUCUCGUUGCCCCAAAUAGCUCUUUGUUUGUUUAA